AUGGCAAACAUCACCACCCUUCCAUACGAACUAAUCCACGAAGUAUCCUCCCAAUAUCUCACCUCCGAAUGCUUAAAAUCUCUACGUAUUGCUAUUCCAACCCCCAUUAUAUCUUCAGCCACAGCUUCACUGCUCUUUCAUACGGUAACCUUUCGUCUCGGAAACCAUCAAAACAGCCAUGAGAAGUUAGUUAUAAAAUCAAAGUAUAUAAAGGAUCUCUCUCGUUGUCCGCGAUAUGACGACAAGGCUAAACAUGGAUCCAACAAAAACAACACAUCUGCCGGGAUCUUCGAGUUUGUGAAGAAAGUAGUAGUGGAUGUUAGACAUCCCUUUGCCGUAACCGAAAAAGCGUUGGAACACAUAGCAGCCGAACGGAGGAGAUAUAGAUUCCGACCUCAAGGCGAAUUGACGGAGUUUGAAGAGAUAGUGGGGGUAUCCGAAGCUGAUUUGUUUUGGAAUACGGUGGAUGAGAUGUUCCCAAAAGCUACGAGAGGGGGACAGCUGAGGGUUUUUAGGCUGCUUUUUUCCGAUGUAACGCCCUACGAGCAAAUCAAGAGAUUACUCUCUCUAGUCUGUACCCCCUCAGCUUCCCGUUCCCACCAUCUGAGCGUCUCAUACACCAUCCGCGAAAGUCGAAAUUUAGAAAAAUUCCUCAGCCUCAUAUCAGAUUGCAACAAUUUGGACAUAACCUUCGAAACCUGGCCAGCAGAGGAACUAAAGGAAUAUGAAAUCGAUGCAAUAAUCAAUACGAUCUCAAAAUGUCCUGAUAUAACUGGCUUGGGUAUAUUCACCAGGCAUCGCGAGAUCUGUGACGAAGGCGCAAAAAAACUGUGGGAAUUCAUUUUUCGCUUCAAAAGGCUGGAUAGGCUAUCAAUCAAAACUAUGGCCGGGGCCUUUCCGGAGGCUGGAGGUGCUCUUGAAUGGAAUGGAUUAAAAACAUUGGAGUUAGUGAUGAGAGAUCCUUGGCAUGGUAUUGGUUACACGCCUCUGGCUCCCUUGGUGGCAAUCGAGAAGGAUACUAGUUUCAUCGGGGAUUUAUUGAAAUCUAUCAAUCAGAAGGGCGUCAAGCUCGAAAAAUUGACAUUAAAUCGGUAUAAUACCUAUAUUCAAGAGGGAUUGAUGUUACAGACUGGUAUAACGUCUCUUGAAAUCCGCGGGAAACUGAGGGUAGAAAUAGAAUCUUAUGCAUCCUCAUUUUGGCAGGACGUUAUACCAAUUCUUGCUCCCAAACUGAAGAGCCUGAGGGUAUAUUCCACUUCAGAGCGGGGAUGGUCAUGGUAUGCGAAUGAAAGCAAUCCAGCAAAACUUGCCAUCAGGAAAUGUCAAAAAUUGGAGGAACUUAUGAUCUCUUCUUGGCGGGACGGCUAUCGUCCAGUAAAUUAUAUUUUGGACCUAAUCACCGACUUGCUCCUACACAAUCCUCGUAUGAGGCAGCUAAACAUGAAGCCUUGUCCAGGAAAUAUGAGGAAGAAGAUGGGUUCUACUGAUACUCAUUUUGAUAUAUGGACUCCUGAGAAGAGUGAACUACCGGAAUUAAGUGAGGAAAGGGAGUUUGAAGUGAUUUAUGAUAGGAAGACGGAUUUACAAUGGAUCGUUGGUAUGGACUGUCUAGAAAAAGGGGAGAAGUCGUUGGCAUGGGACAAGUAUUUGCAGAGAUGGAAGUUACGAUAUCUACAAAGUGGAGGGAGAGAGAAGAAUGGUAUGUUUUGCCUGGACAGAUAUUAUGAUGAAUGUCGUUUUGAUGAGUAA